AAGAUCAGCUGGCUUCUGGGUUGGGCACGUGAUCCCUGGAUAAAAGUAUAAAGGGAAAGAUGCGGCAGAAGGGCUGCCUAACUCAGAAGUUGCUCAGAUCCCGGAGAGACGGGAACACACAAGGGGAGAAAAAAGAAGGGAUUACCCAGAAGCUGGAGGACCGAAAACAGAACCAUGGCACAGAGAACAACUCAAGAUCUGUCGGAAGCCCUAAAGGAAGACACCAAAGAGCUGCACGAACAGGCAGAGAAUACGCAGUUUAUGAAGAGUUUCCAGAAAGGAGAGGUGCUGCUUCGGGAAUUUAAGCUAUAUUUAGCUUCCCUGUACUAUAUCUAUUCAGCUCUGGAAGAGGAAAGCGAGAGGAAUAAGGACAAUCCAGUCUAUGCCCCUGUUUAUUUCCCAGUGGAGUUGAAUCGCUGUGCCGCUUUGGAGAAAGACUUGGAGUAUUUCUAUGGCCCCACAUGGAGACAGGAGAUCCAAUGUCAUGAGGCAACUCAGAAUUACGUGGACAGGCUCCAUCAUGUAGGCCAGUAUGAACCUGAGCUUCUGGUUGCUCAUGCUUACACCCGCUACCUGGGAGAUCUCUCUGGAGGCCAGAUACUGAAGAAGAUUGCACAGAAGUCUCUUCAUCUGCCCCAAACUGGAGAAGGUCUGGCUUUCUUCAGCUUCCCUGCAGUCACCAACAUCAGCAAGUUCAAGCAACUCUAUCGAGCUCGGAUGAACACUCUUCCUAUGGACGCAGCUACUGAGAAGAGAAUCAUUGAAGAGGCCAAGAAAGCUUUCCUGCUGAAUAUAGACGUGUUUGCAGAACUGCAAAGGCUGAUUAGUCAAGGAAAACCAUCAGCAAAUGGCAGUGGCGUACAACCAAUACUGGAGCUUCACACAAGAGGAAUCAACAGAUCACACAGUCCAGCUCCUGCCAUGGAAAAUGAACGGUCACAGAUGCAGCAUAAGGAUAUGCUGCCCAGCACACCACUCCUGCGCUGGGUUCUUGCUCUUUUCUUCUUAGGAGCAACCGUGGCCGUCGGCUUCUACACGAUGUGAACAGGAAGGACUUUAAGUGGUUUUUCACCAGCAUCUGCCUUUUCCAAAACUAACAGAUCUUUCUUUUGUAAAGGAAAGCCCUGAUUAGAUUUCUGAGCCGAGGAUGGUCAGAGCAAGACUGUUCCGCUGUUACUAACAAUAUAGACUAUUUCAUAACCGGUUUUCAGACUCUUGUGUUGGAAACAUUUCUCUUAAUCAUCUUGAAAUGCCAUGAUCUGGCAUGCCUUAAGACGAGAAAAUGCAAAGAUAAAAGACUGGUAACUUGCAUGUUGCCAGCAGAGAGAGAGAGAGAGCUGGUCCUUUAUUCAAUGGUUUCUUUUGUACCAAAUCUAAUGCCAGUUGCUUGUUUCUCUUGGUGCUGAGAAUCAAUACAUUGUUUCAACUAGUUCAAAUGUAUGUUUCUGUUUUUGAAGCACAUUUGUUUCCAGUUUUGAUUCAGCAAUCAGCUCUGGAAAAGAAACGAAGACAGCAUCUUGAUAGUCCUGCUAAGAUCUUGCAUUUGUGAUUUGUCUUUAUAAUUUAUACACACAACUAUUAAAGCUGUGUAUUACAACCAUUAAAUGUUCACAGGAGUUGA